AUGUCUUGUCGUGAACUCCUUCCCCCCUGGCUGGUGAUCGUAGCGGGACUGACGGGCAUCAUGCUCCUUUGUGUCUCCACUAAAGAUGUGCCCAUCACCCCUCCCAGGACCAAGUACGGCAUUGUUCUGGAUGCUGGCCCAUCCCACACCAUCCUGUUCAUCUACCAGUGGACCACCACCAAGGCAAACAAGACCGGGGUGAUCAGGGAAUGUAGUUCCUGUUCUGUACAAGGUCCGGGAGUCUCCAGCUACUCAGAUUCUCCUCAGAAAGUAGGGAAGAGCUUGGAGCCAUGUUUGAACUGGGCCCAGAAAGAGAUCCCAGCAGAGCAGCACAGCCAAACCCCCCUCUACCUGGGAGCAACCGCCAGCAUGAGGCAGCUGAACCUCACCCAUCCCACCCUCUCUGGCGGUCUCCUUGCAGCCCUGACUGUGGCCCUGAAGUCAUCCCCCUUUGACUUUCAGGGAGCACAAAUCCUGUCCAGUCCAGACGAGGAAGCAUUCAAUUGGGUUGCUGUUAAUUAUGUCCUGGAGAACUUCUUCAAGUACGACUGGCGAGGGCAGUUGGUCCCCUCCAGGAAGGGGAUGGCAGGAGUCCUAUCUGUGGGAGGAACCUCAGCACAGCUCACUUCCAAGGUGGAAGAAGGGAACCAGGCACCAAAAGAGGGAGUGAGGCUGCAGCUGUAUGGACAGACGCACAACGUGUACACUCAUCACUGCCCCUGCCACGGCACAGACCAGCUCCGCAGCAGGCUGCUGUCUAUGCUCAUUCAAGAUCAGAGAAGUGCUAAAACUGUGUCUAAUCCCUGCUGGCCCCUCACCUACUCCCGGGAAGUGCGGUGGCAAUCAGUGCAUGCUGGGCCUUGUGCUGUCAGUGAUGACACAUCAGACAUCCCCGGCCCUGAGGAGGUCUUCAACAUCACUGGCUCCAGCAAUCCCACCACCUGCAUGAGACUUGUGCAAAGUCUGCUCAACUAUUCCUCUUCCUGCAGCUUCUUCAAGCAUUCCCUCAGCAGUAUUUUCAAGCCCCUCCGGACCAGGUUUCUGGUGAUUUCUGAGGCCAUGGACUUCAUGAGAGAAACUGUACCCUCUCCCGACUUGGGUCAGGCAGUCAACAGGCUUUGUGGGAUGUCCGUCAAAGAGCUGGUCAAGGAGUCCCAAACAAGCCUGGAUACACUUGCUGAUUACUGCAUUGUGUCUGCCUUCAUCUUUCAUCUCAGUACAAAGGGAUACACGUUUGACUUUGACAGGUCUGUCUGGACUGCAUUCCAGAAGAAGAUGGGCAAUACAUCAUCUGGCUGGACUCUUGGCUACCUGCUGAGUCUGACCAACACCAUCCCCCAGGACAGCCCAAGCUUCCUCAAGGGGAUUGAACCAGGGGUCUGGUCUUUGCUCCUUAUCCUCUUUGUCGUGCUGCUCACUGGCUCUUUCAUGCGCAUCUCAUACCGAGUGAUGGUCAAGGAAAACAGCUUCAGUAACAGGAACAGCAGUGUUUUUGAUGACUACUGA